AUGCAGGAAGGACAUCACGUUUUGCUGGACGAGAUCUCUCUAGCUGACAACUCGGUCCUCGAGCGCCUCAACAGCUUGCUAGAACCGGAAAGCUUGAUUGUUUUGGCGGAACACGGAGGUGACACUCUCAAAAAAAUGCUAAUUACGGCCCAUCUUAUAAGCUUCCAAAUCUUUGCAACCAUGAAUCCCGGUGACGAUUUUGGAAAACGAGAACUCUCACCUGCGCUGCGAAAUUGGUUUACCGAGAUCUGGGUCCCUCUAGUCUUGGAUCCUAAGGACAGGUUCGCGAUCUAUUGUGAUCGUUUAUCACGGAAAGUCAAAUCGUCAACUUGUGCUAGCUUCAGUCCUGCUGAAUGGGCGGCGCACGUUAUCUCAUUUUCCGAGUAUUAUUCAAAGUCACCCAUCUCAGCCCAAUUUUUGGCUUGCGAGUUGAGCUUACAAGACUGUCUUGCGUGGUGCGGCUUCAUCAGCUCCUGUUUGACAUCAUCAUUGGCUCUGUCGUUUGUUCACGGUGCCCAAAUGACGGUUCUUGAUCGCCUCAGGACCGCUGGCUUUGGACAAGACCUCCCCGCCAGUCACAUUCUCGAACUUAGACGGUCUUGUCUCAGUUAUUUGCAUGAUCUGGCCAACGUUUCUCUCGACAACAGUGAAGGUUUAUCUGGAGUUACCCAUGUUGAUGAAGGUUUGAAAAUAGGUGAUUCCACAUUGCAUAGGUGUAAAACAAUUGGCGAAGACUCGGCUCCAGCGAGUUAUUCUUUUUCCGCACAAACGGUGGGCCAUAAUGCCCUGUGA